UAAAAAUACAACAUAAAAUUUCUAUCUUAAUCAUGUCUUAGUGUACAGUAGCGUUAAAUUUGUUGGUGCUAUCGUCACUCCAGGCUGCAACAGCUUGCUUGAGGGCUAUUUGACUCGAUAACUGGAAACCCUUUGAGGGCUGCAUGGUCUUUGCUGCACAUUGCCACAGGAUACUAAGGACACAGUAGAUAUACAGUGUCUAGAUAGAUAUGUCUCUUGAAUUUAUACUCAUUUAUAAUUAGCCACAUUUUUCCCUCCAGGAAUGCAAGAUGUUGAUAUGAGAGAGAGAGAGAGACAGACAGAGAGAGAGAGAGAGAGAGAGAGAGAGAGACAGUCAACAUGAAUAAAGCAGCAGGUGGUGAACAAAGUAGGGACCUUACGAUGUAAUGGGGAAAAGAAGACAUUCAGACAAAUCUGUUAUCUUCGGAGAUUCGGAUUGUAGAACGGAUAGAAUAAUAGAUGGUAUUACAAUGUUGUAAGGGUUUUCAUAAACUGCUUAACACGGUGCAAGACAUAGGAAGUGCUGAGCAAAUAGUAGCUGCUAUUAUUAAUAUCGAUUUAAGAAUUAUUACAUAUUUAAAAAGUGAAACUGAACGCGCUUAUGUGUCUGGGCCAAGCCAACAACCUCACUUGCUGCUUGCUCUGACCAGCUCAGGAAUAAACUCCAGAAGCCCCGCCCCUUCCCAUCGCGUCCGGUCGUCCUGGCAACAUGCAGGCGGAUAGCCCCUUGACUGAAGAACCAGGAGCUGCUGGACGCAAUCUGCCCUGGCUAGGAUCGCUUGAGCAGAAAAAUGACUGACGAGGACUCUGACAGUGUAUACACAGAUUCCCAGACAGGAGAGGAGAGGGAGCUGCCUGUUAUCCAGUUGUGCGGGCUGGUGGAGGAACUCAGCUACGGAAACUCUGGUCUCAAAAGAGAGACCGAGAUGUUUGAAAAAUACUAUGCUAAACUGGAAAGCAGGGAUCACCAAUCUUUACGGAUAUCAGAUGCUAAAGUAUCAGUAGCAGAAUUCGCACAGUUAAGAGGCCGGCGUAAGUCCAAGUUCCGCCCAGGUACAGACCGUAUAAUAGGCCUCACUGUGGACCAGAAACUCGAGCUUGUAAAAAAAGAGCUGGAGGACACAAAGGAUGAAAUAAGGCACGUGAGGGCUAAUGCUGAACGGGACCUGCAGUACCAUGAGGCGAUCAUUGAAGAAGCUGAAAUUCGAAGGGCUGAAGUUCAGAAAGCAGUGUAUGAGUUUGAAAAAGAUAUUCUAAAAACCAUAUCCAAGAAGAAAGGGAGUAUCUUGGCUACUCAGAAGGUGAUGAAGUAUAUUGAAGACAUGAACCACCGGAGGGAUAAUAUGAAGGAUAAAUUACGUUUAAAAAAUGUUUCUCUCAAAGUUCAGAGGAAAAAAAUGCUUUUACAAUUGAGACAGAAGGAAGAGGUAGGAGAGGCCCUCCACGAAGUUGAUUUUCAGCAGCUGAACAUCGAGAACGCUCAGUUCUUAGAGAUGAUUGAAGCAAAGAAUCAAGAGCUGAUUCAGCUGAAGCUGGCAUCUGGCAACACCCUGCAGGUCCUCAGCACCUACAAAAACAAGCUUCACCAAGCGAUGGAAAUGUACAACAAUUUGGAUAAAGAGAUCUUGCUGAGAAAUGAGCUGCUUGAAAAAAUUCAAAGAGAAACCCUACAAGUAGAGGAGGACCGGGCCAAAGCAGAGGCUUUGAACAAGAAGCUUCGGAAGCAGAUGGCCGAGUUCCGGGUGCCGCCAGUGAUGGUUUAUGUCCGGGAGAAGAUAUUGAAUGGGGACCUGGAGAAGACCAUCAAGAUGUGGGAGAGGAAAGUGGAGAUUGCAGAGAUGUCCUUAAAAGGCUACCGCAAGGCUUGGAAUAGAAUGAAAACAACCAAUGAGCAGUUGCAGGCAGAUUUCACUCCUGGGAAAUAACCAGGGAUUGACCACAGCUUGCAGACAAGAAGCGAUCCAUUAAAUCAUUCAACUCUUUUUAAUCACGGGGUUCUCUCACUGUUCCCUGUGUUGGCUGAUGCCCCUCCACUCCCCAGCCGUGCUGAUUGUCAUCUUCCUGGCCACAUUUGAUGCCAGGGAGGUCCUCACAGACUGGCCUGGAUCCAUUAACACCAAUGAAAGAACCACAGGGCACUCUAAUGGUUUGACAGUUGUUCCCCACAUUUAGUUCACAAGCACAAAGGAAAGUGACUUUUUCACAUGUGGGGGUGGGACAGGGAAGGGAGAGCCAGACCAGUGCAUGCUAUGGGUCUAUCCGUGGCAGCCCAGGCACGCAGCUGUCAAAACCAGACACCACAACAGCAUAGUGAAUGCCUGACACUCAGCAUUCUGAGCUUCCUCUUUCAUUUGGUGGGUUCCCUCCUAGAU